AUGUGGACAGGGAAAGCUCCCUCGUUGGCACAUAUCAAGGUUUGGGGUUGCGAGGUUUUCGUAAGACGAGAAACUCACGACAAGCUCGAACCUCGUAGUGAGCGAUGUAUUUUCAUCGGCUACCCACAGAAGUCCUUUGGAUAUCUCUUCUACAGACCGAGUGACAAUGUUGUCUUCGUUGCAAGGAUAGGGGUUUUCCAAGAGCGAGAACUCAUAAGCCAGGGAGACAGUGGGAGGCAAAUAGAUCUUGAAGAUCUUCAAGAGUCGAACGAUGAAGGAACCUCUAACACGGGCGCUCAACCUGAGGAGGAAACUCCGGUUGAACCGAUUGACGAGUCCUUACCUCUCAGACGUUCCGAAAGAGUUAGUGUUCCACCCCAGUUUUAUGGUUUUCAUAUUACUAUGGAAGGGGAUUCGUUCAUUAGUGAUAGUACACUAGUGAAUAUGGACGAACCUAACAGCUAUAAGGAAGCCAUGGCAGGCCCAGAGUCUGCGAAAUGGAAAGAGGCUAUGGACAGCGAGAUUCAGUCCAUGUAUGGCAACCAAGUUUGGAAUUUGGUUGACAAUGUACCAAAUCGUAAGACGGUCGGGUGCAAGUGGAUCUUCAAGAAGAAGACUGACGUGGAUGGAAAGUUGCACACUUACAAAGCACGAUUGGUUGUGAAGGGUUUCACUCAAACUCCUGGAGUUGACUACGACGAAACCUUCUCACCAGUUGCGAAGAUAAAGUCUAUCAGGGUGAUGCUGGCCAUUGCUGCACUUCAUGACUAUGAAAUAUGGCAAAUGGAUGUCAAAACCGCUUUCCUUAAUGGGAAGUUGGCUGAGGAUGUUUACAUGGCUCAGCCAGAGGGUUUUGUCAAUGCAAAGCAUCCAAGUAGAGUGUGUAAGCUUGAGAAGUCCAUUUAUGGACUUAAGCAAGCGUCUCACAAAUGGAAUCUUUGUUUCGACGAGAAGGUCAAAGAGUUUGGGUUUUCUGCGAAAUGA